AUGUCGCGAGCAAACCAGUGGUUUGUCCUAGGCGAUGGCAUUGCAAGAGAGGUCAUUACGGCCGACAUCCAGCGCUACUUGGGCCCUGAUGCGCUUGUUAGGCCUGGCACAGGAACCGGUGAAUACCAGGGCCAACCGGGCUACUGGAUCACCGCAUACCGAACCCUCACAUCGCAAAUGAUUCAAGAUCUGAAGAUGGACUCGCAGCGUUGGCAGCAAGAGCGGCAACCAGGCGAGGGACGCGGAGUUCUAGCUUAUCAAGAUUCACGUACCCACGCUGCGCGCCAGCACUGGGGUCCCUCAAAGCCGGUUGAGCACCCCUCAGCGGACCCUUACGACCGUCAGCCUGCACCCAGGGCAACCUCGGGAUACGCAACGUCAUCGGCAUAUGCACCGAGCGAAGGACAUUACACCACUGCUCCAGCUGGCUAUGGAAGCGCACAACCAGGAUACCAGGCUGCACCAUCCUCGGCUGCCCCAAGGACACAGCCAACGGACCCGUACUCCGGCUACUCCCAACGUGAACCAGGAUACCAGACUCAGCCUUAUGGUUCCUACUCAACGCAGUCACCAACAGAUGCCUAUGGUCGACCGACGGCAGCCACCGCCGCAUACGCAACCCCAAGGUAUUUUGGUUAUACCGACGAAAACUUUUUGGUCUAUCGCUAA